AUGAGUCCAUCUAACCUUUCCUUUCGAUUCCUCCUCUUCCUUCUACUCAUUGCAGUCGCCAGUUCUUAUCUGCCUUCUGAUUACGGUAAGUUUUUUUUGUUUUCUGAAUGUUAUCAGUUCGAAUUCAGGUGAAGAUUCGGAAAAGUCGAUUGAAGAGUCGAACUGGGUCGAUGAGAAGGAGAUCCGUCAGCGUCUCUCUGUGAUUGCCGCCGAAAAGUUCUCGCAUCACUAUCACGAACGGCUGGUACGUUGUCUGCCACCUUCGAAUCAUAAAAAGACACCACCAACUAGAAUAAAACUGAAUUGUACAGUACAGAAAGAGAUACAUUGUAAAGGAGAAGAAGUGACGUCGACAAAACGGUAUAAAGACACCUAAACUUGAUACACUUUUCCGUCCCUUCUGCCCAAUUAUAAAAGAUUCCGACCACUGAACCGGAAAAGAAAAUGUUUAGUUAAGUUGAUGUUUCAUUUGCAGGCCGCGGUUCAAAAUGUGACGAAAAGCAGGUCGAUGAGCAGGUCAGCUGUCGAGAAGAGGCGUACGAAAAGAGACGGAGGCAUCGUGACGGGACCCAUCGCCACCGCUCUCGUUACCGGAAUGAUUGGUAAGAGACGCAAAUCGCAACCUUUUUGACUCAUUCGCGGCAUUUUCUGACUCAUGUACAUUCCGGCUCUCCCCGGCGAGCCCACGUCCACUUCAAACAACCCGUCCACACUUUGCUCUGACUCACUAUUUUCUUUUCAGGAAUGACGGCCAAGACGGUCUCCGAACUGACGAGUUUCCAUCCGCGACUAUCGGAGGGCGGCUGUGAAUGGUUCGGAACCGCGCCCCUCUGCAACUUUCCGUGCCCAUCAGAUUACGAUUACAUUCGCGCAAACAACGGAAGAUGCUCUUCUUGGUGGCUCUCCGGCUUCUGCUCACCCGACCCGAGCUUCGGAAAGCCGUGCUCCACUAUUCUGGGAGAUUACUUCAGCAAGAGAUUCUGCUGUAAAUCGGAUCCGCUGGAGUGCACGUGGUCUGGAAGGUGGAUGGGGGCAAACACGGCGCACAAUAUCUACUGUCGGUACGAUAACGUUGGAAAGUGUGGAACCAUCGACUGCUCCAUUAAUCAUUUUAAUAUGAAGGUAUUCCAUAGACGUUGUCCCAUCUUUAUCUGUUUGUUCCAGGCUCAAAACUCAUCGGAAAUCAGCGGGGACCGAUGUGAUCAUCUGGAGCUGUUUGGUCUUCGGGGGAAGGCGACGUGCGGAUACAUUGCUUGGUUCGACGAAGAAGGAAACAUCGUCAAUUCGUGGUACAAGACGAGGUAACAUCCGGAUCUGCGUACACUUCUUUCUUCUUUCGUCUCUCUUUCUCUGUUUCUCUCUUUUUGAUCUCGCUGUUCCAAUUGUAUCUUGUCAUCUUUUUUGCAGGCGGUAG